CGAAUCCUAAACAUGUUUACUCUACUCUGAGUCUGACUGCCUACUCGCUUCUCUAAGUGAAGCGGAUCAGAAGCGGGUCCGUCCGCUUUCCGGCCGAUCAGAUGGACGAGCGACGGAAAGGAGCGACGAUCGGCACGGAGUCGCCGAAGAUCGAGGAGCUGCUCCAAGAGGGACAGGGGGGCAGAGAGCUCGAGGAGAUGGAGAAGAGCCCGUCGCGCGAGGCUGUGUCCACCGCCAGGCCUGCGCUGUCACCGAGGCCAGAGGUGGACCCGUCCCGGUGUCCCACGUCUUACAAGGAGAAUUCGCCACAGGAGAAGCUGCUGCUGGCGGUAGCCGAGAACUUCCACGCACAGUACUCCCACCUGUACCCGGAGCGCAAACCACUACUGCUCUGCCCACUCAAUGAAUGUGGGGUUCCGAAGUUUGUCAGUACAACUCUGCGCCCUACCCUGCUGCCGUACCCAGAGCUGUACAGUUGGGAGGGGUGUGCCAGUUUUGUGUCUGACUUCCUGUCACUGGAGCCACUGGAUGCACCCAUCGACCCCCCCAAGCAGCUGUCCUCUCCAACGUGGGUACUGCAGACUAGACGGGGCAACUGCUUUGACUUCUCCACCCUGCUCUGCUCCCUGCUUCUGGGUGCCGGGUACGAUGCCUACUGCGUCAGCGGCUACGCGGUGAAAGAGAUGUGCCUGCUGAAUCAGUCUCACCAUGAGUGUCCCUUGCUGCUUAACGAAAAGAAGGAGAAGACGGAAGAGCAGAAUUCACCUGUGAAGAAGUACUCAGUGAAGCCUCCAAAAGACCUGUGUAGUGGGUUUGAAAGGAUGCAGGAGAGCAAGCAACAAGCCCAAGCUCAGGCCAUCAUCCUCCAAAGACAACAGGAGAUGGAGAGGUUGGAAAUGGAGAAAGAGCGCCCUUCUCCAGACCCCCUUCUGGGACUAUGGGUGCACAGCUGGGUGCUGGUGUUGUCUGGCAGCAGAGAGGUCGCAGAGAACUUCUUCAUUGACCCACUGACAGGGAAGAGCUUCCCCACCGUAGAGGACUGCUUUGUGGGGGUGGAGAGCAUCUGGAACCAUCGGAACUACUGGGUCAACAUGCAAGACUGCCGCUUUGGUUGCUCGGAGAUGAGCUACGACCUGGGGGACAUAACAAGAUGGGAGUACCUGUUGUUUGACCCAUGGGGCAACCCAGCCCUGCCUGUCUCCAAUGUGAAAGCCUCAGCUGAUCUAGUGGAUGGGGACGAGGAUAAGGAAGACAAUGAGGAGCCCCCGGUGUUUGAGAUGCCUCCAUCGUGGGUGAAGAGAAUCCAAAUUUCUGAGCAAGACAUGGAGAUGCGUUACCCUGGGGGCAUGAAGGUGAUCCAAUACCGCAAGGCCAGGCUUGAGAAGUUUGCCCCAUACCUGCUUAACGACGGCUUGGUGACACGUCUGACCACCUACAAAGACGUGAAUUGCAUUCAGCCCAUCACCAUGAAGGAAUGGUUCCAACACCGGCAAGACUACUUACAGGAGCGCCAGCUGACAAAGGCGGACAAUGUGACGAUGGAGCUCUUUCGACCUGGAAGGAGCUAUUCGCUCAAAAGCCACAGGUACGUGACACUGGUUCCAGAGACAGAGCGUGAGAUGGAGUUCUACAGCCAUGCCCGUGCUGAUGGGCUGGCCAAGCGAGUGGAGCUGCCCACUGAGAUGACUGAGACAUUUGAGCAGAGGACGGACUUCCUGUACCAUCGGCAUGUGGUCUUUAGCAGGCUCAGCGAGACCUCGGACCAAGGGCAGCGCUCCAUAGAGAAGGUGGUGGAGCGAUUCCACAGGAAUCAAGCAAAGCCAGCCAGCGAGGAUACGGCUGAGCGGGUCUUCCUCAUUUCCGAAGGCCGCAUCCAGGUGACAUAUCACAGCGAGGACGACAGGAUAAUCCCUGCCUGGCUCAGCUUCGUCAAGCCCCAUGACUCUCAGAAGCAACCCUUCACAUCCGACAUGGUCUCCAUGUUCCAGGUGGACCCAUUUGAGAAACCCAAGAAGAACUUGCUUCUCUAUGAGAUGCUGAUGUCUCUGAUGAAGGAGGAGGAAAAAGUGAUGCUCAGGGUCAUGGACUCUGAGAAGGAGGUAAGAGCGAUCCUUGCUCUGCGCGAACAGGAGGAGAGGAAAAUAAAACUUCACAUUUCCAUUUACAACACUGCCCGGAAUGAGAAAGCCCGCACGCACCGUGAGAUGAAGGCUCGCCUGGCUAAGGAGGAGCAGGUGCGUCGGGAGCAGAAGGAGCUGGACUAUCUGGCACCUUUCCUGGCCAAGCUGGGUGACCCAGAGACCCUGACGCGCCAGGAGGCUCUGCAGCUGCGCAGUGACUGCCUGACAGACCUGAAGCAGCGGCUCAUUGACAAGGCCAAUUUAAUUCAGGCAUGCUUUGAGAAGGAAACCCAGGAGCUGCAGCUGAAGCAGCAGUGGUACCAGAAAAACCAGUUGUCCAUGAGCAAGGAGGACGAGGCCACCUACCUGGCCUACUGUUCUGACGCCAUGUUCCGCAUCCAUGUCCUCAAGCUGCGCCUCAGCAGGCAUAAGGAUAAAGCCCCGCAGAAGUACUUGGCCCUGGAGGAGAAACUGAGGCGAGACCCCAGACUGGCUGCUCACUUGUGUUGAACCCACACUGCCAGGCAUGGCUGGAAACGCACCUCACGUCUUUUCCCCACAAGCUCGAAUUAAAAAGCUCCUCAAGAAAAUCUGAAUACAUGAUGAUCCGGAACAUUCCCACUACUAGUCCUGCCGAAUUUGAAAAACAAUAAAAAUCUUAAUGUA